AUGGAACCAGCUGAUGCGUUUGAGAUAGCGCUUCAAGGUCUCACAGCAAAGGACGAUUCGCUGUCGGUGCCAGUUACCGAGCAAGUUUCACCAGAUUCUGCCAUAGUGGCUGACGUCAGGCCAGUCGAAUCGGAUAGUAAUCAGGAGGAUUCUGGACUUGAUAUCAUUUCGAAAGCUCUGAAGAGCGCUGGUAUUACGCCCUCAGAAGAGGCUUCCACUCCAGUUGCUACCGUAGCACCUGCGUCGGUUUACACUGUUAUUGGUCCCGCAGGAAACCCACUAGUUCAGAUGCCCUCGGUUACCAGCACUCAGCUGAGGGUUCCAACCAUCUCCGGCGUUGCCAGCCGCCUCAUUAAGCUUUCCAAGGUUUCUCGUGCUCCCACUAUAAUUCGGAAAAGGCAAAGUAUGGAGCCAGUAACUUUUCCUCCUGUGAAGUUCAUUCGCCGCGGUGACGUUCCCAACAAUGGACCUGUCAAAAUCGACACCGUAUCGGAUGUAAAAUUUAGAACUCAAACGCUGGGAUCCCAAAGGAUUCCUAUGAACUAUCCCCUGAAUUUCCUCUCCCAGAAGAGAGAUGAGGAGAUCGAGGAGGACGAUUCUGAUGAUUUAGCUCAAGCUGAGACGUACGCCGAUUAUGUUCCUGCUAAGCUUCACCUUGGCUGCAGACACCCUGACCCCAUCGUUGAGUCCAGCACUCUCUCUAGCGUCUCCCCACCGGACAUUCACUACGACCUACGCCUCCCUCGUGAAGUCAUUGAUAGUGGUCGGCUUUCGGCUCUCCAAUUGGAGGCAGUUGUUUACGCGAGUCAACGCCAUGAAUGCAUCCUGCCGAAUGGGCAGCGGGCUGGCUUUUUGAUCGGUGAUGGUGCUGGUGUUGGUAAAGGUCGAACUAUCGCUGCCAUUAUCUACGAAAAUUACAUGCAGCAUCGGAAGAAGGCUAUUUGGCUAUCGGUUUCUAACGAUUUGCGUGUUGAUGCCGAGCGUGAUCUCCGUGAUGUUGGCCUUACGAAGCUUGAAGUUCAUUCGCUUAAUAAGUUUCGGUAUGCGAAGAUUUCUGGCAAGUUGAAUGGAAGUGUGAAAAAAGGGGUUCUUUUUUCCACCUACUCUUCCCUUAUUGGCGAAAGUCAGGGUGGCGCGAAGGCCAAGUAUAAGACACGUCUCAAGCAAAUUGUUCACUGGUGUGGGAAGGAUUUUGACGGCGUGAUUGUAUUCGAUGAAUGUCAUCGAGCCAAAAAUCUUACUCCCAGUGGUUCACAGAAGCCUACCAAAACGGGUUUGACUGUGUUGGAGCUUCAGAAUCGCUUGCCGAAUGCUCGAAUCGUCUACGCCUCGGCUACUGGCGCAACAGAGCCACGAAACAUGGCCUAUAUGACGCGGCUCGGUCUCUGGGGCGGGGGUACCCCAUUUAAGGAAUUUAAUUCCUUCAUUCAGUUCAUCGAACGUCGGGGUGUGGGUGGCAUGGAGCUUGUCGCCAUGGACAUGAAACUCAGAGGGAUGUAUAUAGCGCGUCAAUUAAGUUUCCAUGGUGUCAAGUUUACGAUCAGACCCGUCCAGAUUGAGUACGUGAUGCUAAAUGGCCAGUCCUUCGUUAAUGUAUAUAACCAAUCUGCAGACUUGUGGGUUCGUGCUUACGAAUACUUCUCAGAAGCCGCUCGGCUAAUCAAUGCAUCUGACAAGUACCGCAAAACCAUGUGGGGUCAAUUUUGGUCUGCGCAUCAGCGUUUCUUUAAGUACCUCUGCAUAGCAGCCAAGGUUGACGCCUGUGUUGAAUUGUGCAAAAUGGCGCUCAAUGCCGAGAAGUGCGUGGUCAUCGGUCUUCAAUCAACUGGUGAGGCAAAAACGCUCGAACAAGUGGAGGAAUUUGGAACAGACCUAGGGGAAUUCGUUUCUACAGCUAAGGGAGUUCUACAAUCGUUGGUUGAAAGAUAUUUCCCAACAGCAUCAAACCUAGAGAAUUUUACAGCCCGUGGUGAAAAGCUUACCAUUGCUGGUGAUCGCUCAUCUUCAACUACCCUUACUCGAGCUGGCAGAGCUGUUGCUGGAGGCAAGGGCAGUGGACUCGGUUUGAAAGACAUCCUUGGUGAAAAAGCCUUUGCUAAAUUGAUUGCUGGUGGAUCUCUUACCGGUUACGACGAUGAUGAAUCGGAUAAGGGUAACUUGGGAAAUGCUGCUGCGGGGAACAAAAAGGGCGAUUCAGAUGACGCUGAUUCCGAUGACGAUGAUGAUGACGAUGAUGAAUGGGGUAACGAAUCGGAGAGUCAUUCGAAAGUUGACGGCGAUGGCACGUCUUCGGAGUAUUAUGACUCUGACCUCGAAAUAAGCAACAGUAACCGGAGCGGUAUGAAGAGAACGAAGAAACCGCGAAUUGGCACUGCAAGUAAACGAAAGCAGGUGUAUGAGAGUGACGCUGCGGCGGACUCUGAUGACGACGACAUGGACUACGAUGCCAUGUGCGACACCUUCUUUGCUCGCCAGAGGGAGAAGGUGGCAAGGCAGAAUGAUUCUCUCUGGGCAGAUGAGUCGACACGCAACCUCUCCGCCAAAUAUUUCUUGGAUUCCAAGUCGCAAGACGGCAUGCUAACUUCCAACGGCAACAUUUCUUUGGAGGAGGCGCGAAAAAAAUGCGAUGGAAUGAAGGAACUCCUUCUGGGACAUAUUGAAAGAAUCGGCAGGUAUCUUCCUCCCUCGUCUCUGGAUGAGCUGAUUGAAAAGUUGGGUGGUCCAUCAAGGGUGGCCGAAAUGACUGGUCGUCGCGGUCGUGUGGUCAUGAACGAUUCUGGUCGUGCUCUUUACGAAUCCCGACGUGAGGGUGAUUGUGCGAUGGAGACCAUUAAUCUGAUGGAGAAACAGCGCUUCAUGGAUGGAGAAAAAUUGAUUGCCAUAGUAUCGGAGGCUGCCUCCUCCGGCAUUUCGCUCCAGGCUGAUCGUCGCGCGAAGAAUCAACGACGCCGUGUUCACAUCACUCUUGAGCUCCCCUGGUCCGCUGAUCGUGCGAUUCAACAAUUUGGCCGAACGCAUCGUUCUAACCAGGUCAGCUCGCCUGAAUAUAUCUUCCUCAUUUCUGAUCUGGCAGGAGAACAACGUUUUGCAUCAACUGUGGCUAAGCGCCUCGAAUCUCUCGGAGCUUUGACUCAUGGCGAUCGUCGAGCCACGGAGACUCGCGAUCUCUCCCGUUUUAACAUUGACACGAAGCUUGGUCGCGAGGCUCUUGAUAUCGUCCUCAAGACAUGCAUUUGGGGGGAGGAGGGGAUUAUCAAACCACCAGCAGAUUAUCGUUCAGAAGAUCCGAUCAUCACAGAUACCAAGUCUCUGGAGUCCCUUCCACCGGCGUUGCGACCUUAUUACCAAUUCCUGUCAGACGUUAAGUCGGGGUUGCAAGGUGUAGGGUUUCUCAAUGGACGAACACGAGACAAAGACAGUCGUCAUAUGGUGAAGUUUCUCAAUCGGAUUCUUGGACUCCACGUACAUACUCAGAACGCGUUCUUUCAAUAUUUUUCUGAUACUCUGGAAGAACUAGUGCGAAGAGCGAAGCGCGGCAACCGUCUGGAUUUAGGCAUUAUGGAUUUAGGCACUACCGGUCAGAACUUAGAGAUUGUCUGGACUCAAAAAUUUGAUACGCGUUUCCUGUCUGAUUCCACUCAAGUGUGCCUGCACAAAGUCACCACUCAACGAGGUGUCAGCUGGGCCUCUGCUAUGGAGCUUUACGCGCAGCACGACGGUGAUGAGGAUGGUUUCUACCUUCCAAAGCAGACCACGGUGUCUCGAGUGAUGCCUUUGCUAGCCUUUUGCCUACGCAACAAAUUUGGGGAUGAUGGGGAUAGGGAGAGAAGGAAGAUGAAGCGUCUUUAUCGGGUGUAUAGACCGAACACGGGGAUGCAGUCUGAGCCUAUGGAGUACGGUAAGCUGACAGAACAGUAUGUCAAAGUUUCCAAUCCCACCGACUGCCAAGAACAUUGGUCCACUAUCUACGACGAGUCUGCCACUAAGUGUAUCCACCUUAUUCAACGCAAUCACUGCAAUCGUCUUAGUGUACGUAAUCCUCAGGGACGAUCAGGCAUUUGUGAGGUCGGUCUCCGGGAGCGCACCUAUUAUGUACUUAGUGGAUCUGUCAUGAACGUAUGGACGCAUGUGGAGCGAGUACUGACGAACCGGGUCGGUAAUUCUCCGUCGAUGCAAGUGGUCCGCCUGAAACCGAAGGAUGGAAAGCGAAUUGUAGGAGUGCUCAUCCCUCAAGAUGGUGUAGAGGCCGUCCUUGAAUGCCUUAAUGCUCUUCAAUCCAAUCCAGAUGGCAUUCACAUCCAACCAGGUCCUUUAUCCUCUGGCUCUUCCCAACCAAUUCAACAAGUCAAAAGUAUUUCGCGAUCUUCCUUGUCCCCUCUUGUCAGCACCGGGCAGCCAUCUAUCGUGAUAGGCAAGCCUCCUGUGAGGUUCACCGUUGCUAACUCUACUAACGUUAAUCACACCUCCAUGACGCGUAACCCUACACGCAAUUUCGGGAGCAUCACAACCGGUGUCGCUCCUUCCGAAGUUCCCGCUUUUCUUUCCCCUCGUAUGUCUUUCACUGGUCUUCAUCGGACUCAGAGUCGAUUCCCACUGGCCUCCCGUUCCCAAUCCCGACUCGAGGCCGCUUUCCAGACUCAGCCCACUUCACAGCCACGUAAUGCUGCGUCGCAGCGCGUUUUCACCGCCACCAACGGACUAUCACCACAGUCAUUCUCCUCACAGGGAUUUGCUAACCCACGAGGUUCGCAACCGCCUCGUCCAUCUUCCACUAGGAUUGCUGCUCCUCGUACGGGAAGGAUUAACUGGGUCAGCCAAGACAAUGGCUACUAUGUCAACAAUCCUGUCGUGCAAGGCGUUCUUCAGCCUCGUUUACCAUCACAACAGCAGCUGGUGCAAUUGCAACAGGUUUAUUGCCAACCGCAACGGCAGCAGCCACCACAACAACAAUCUCGUCAAUUCCCUCAAGUAUCCUCAACACUUGUACCUGCCUCCAAUCCUAAUAGCUCUGCUAAUCCGCCAGUUCGGGCGGCUGUCGCCCAGCCUACACAGAAACCCUUUAAAAUGAAAUUUGUUUGGAAGGGUGGUAAUUAA